AUGGCGGACACUGAUCUGCCAAAGUCUGUCGUCAAGCGCAUCGUAAAGGCCAAGCUAGACUGCCUCGGUGAAGGCAAUGUGCAGCUGCAUAAGGACGCAACUCUGGCGCUUGCGGAAAGCGCCAAGGUGUUGAUCACCUUUAUUACUGCCGCCUCGAGUGACAUCUGCAAGGAAAAGAAGCGGCAAACAAUUUCAGCAGACGACGUGCUUGCAGCACUGGAGGACCUGGAGUUUGGGGACCUCGUGGCGCCGCUGCAGGUGGCGCUUGACGCCCACCGCCAGGCAGCCAAGGCCAAGAGCCAAAAGCGGGCAGAGGCGACUAAGAAGCGCAAGGAGCGGGAGGGCGCGGAGGCGGCGGCCGCGGCGGGCGGCGGCGCCGGCGACGCCGCGGCCGGCCAGGACCAGCGGCCGGCAGGCAGCGGCGAGGAGGGCGGCGGCGGCGCUGGCAGCGGCAGCGGCAGCGACGGCGAGGGCGAGGGCGGGGAGGACGGCAGCGACGAGGGAGAGGCGGACGGCAGUGGGGAUGGCGAUGAGGAGAAGGACGCGGAGGGGCAGGGGGGCGGCAGCGAGGAGGACAAGGAGGGGGCCGGGGGCGGUCAGCAGGAUGAUGGGGAUGAAGAAAUGGACGAGUGA